UAGGAUUUUAAAAAUGAAGUUUCCACAAUGCCAACAUGCCAAGUGCACUGAGGCUUCGCUUUAUUAUGUACACGAUGUAGGACUGUAUGUGUGUGCUCAGCACAAGGAGAUACAGUAUUCGAAGGAUGAUGCUACUCUGCUGAUAGACCCGUCUAUUGUCAAGACCAAGAUAAGAGUGGUCGAUGUAUGAAGGAAAGACUUCCUAGCAUUUGCUGAAGCUCAUGAAAGAGGAGGAAUCUCUGCCCAACAUGAUGAUUUGAGCAGACUUGUCAAAGACGAGCUUGAUAGUAUCUUUGGGAGACUGGAGACAGCGAAAGAAACCAAGAAAUACUACAUGUUCAAGCCUCUGCUUAAGCAAGUUGAACAGAUUUGUGAUGCUUUCAUCGAAGAACCACUCUAUGUUAAAUUUGCAGUGACCAAGGCUUUCAACCAAUCUUUUGCUGGAGCUCACUUUGAAGAUCAGAAGAGUGCCGAACUUGUGAGAAUAGAACUCAGGGAGAAGUAUGGAGCAACAUUCGAGAGGCUCUUUGAAAAACUUCGUGACCAAAGACAUGCUGUUGAGAGAAGAUACGAGCAAGAAAUUUUAGAUCGUGACGCCAAACUAGCUGACGAAGAAACCAAAUGAAGAACUUUAAAAGAUACACUUGAGGAACUCAAAGAUGAGCAUAAAGAAGCUCUCGAAGAACUCAAGGAAACAUCAGAAAACAGAGAAACUGAGCUUAAUGACAUUACCAAUGAACUCCGAGCCAGAGUACAAGAUCUUGAGAGAACUAUUUCAGAACUUCAGCAGAGAAUGGCUGCUCAAGAAGAAGAAGCUAAGCAAAAGGAUGCAAGGAUACACAAUCUUUGUGGAGAAAACAAGAGACAAAAAGAAGAUCUACAAAAGCUGGGCAAAGAAUAUGAAGAUCUUGCUGAAAAGCUUAAUGAAGAAAUUACUCACUCCAAAGAUCAGCAAGCGUUGCUUGAAAAACAGAAAGAUUCACACGCCCAAAGUAUGGUUGCGCUUAAGAAAGACAAAGAUACGGAACUGCAAGCUCUCCAGGAUACCCUGAGUGUCAAAGACGAAGAAUUGGAAAAAAUCCUUCAAAAUCACAAGGAAGAAGUGUCUAGAAUAAUUGCUGACAAAGAAAAACAACUUAAGAAAUCUGAACUAAAGAAGAAGAAUCUUCAGAAGGACAAAGACAACAUGAAGAAGGAACUAAUUUCUAAGCUAAACCUCUCCAAGUGCUCUGACCUCAGCCGCCUCUACAAAAUUACCACUGGGGAAGACAAACAGUUCGGGCCUGAAACUAAACUGACACUUAAACUUGACAAUCCCAAGCACAUGGAAUUUCUAACAUCCCUGAACAAGAGAAUGCCAGACAUUGAUAGACUUAAUCUUGGCAACAUCCCUCUGAACUGCCAAGAAGUCAACACUUUCCUGGCCACCCAUUUCCCAGACAAAGUGAGGGACCUCCAUUUUCACUUUGGCUCUCCUCUGAGUAGUUGUGUUCCCUUUUACUUGGAGGAACUGGUGGAAGUGAGUAAGAGAGUCACUGAAGUGUUGUAUAUUUAUGAAUUUGAAGUCUCUCAGGACCAACUCGUCGCCCUCUUCUCCGCUAACAGACAUACAAAGUGGUUUGGGUUUAAUUACUGCAAACUCUCGCUGUCUUCUGUUCCUGAUUUCGGAGGAACCCUCGCUGGAAGUACGAUAAAAUGAUUAAGUUUGUAUAGCUGAGGAGACUCUUCGUAUGGCGACUGGGGCAACAAUGAGUCUCACUUUGAAAACCUGAUUGCUGGGCUUUCCAAAGAGGAGGAUUUUAGGAAGAAUCUGAAGAAGAUUAGAAUGGGUUCGUGUGGAAUGGAGAAGAAUGUUGUGGAUAAGAUUUUGGCUGAUUAUGGAUUUGGACAUGCCGAAAUUAUAUGGUACUAAUGGUGGUUCUAAAAACUGAAACUGUCAAGGAGAAGAAUUUUAUUUUUAUCAGAUUUAAUCU